AUGGUAACCCUCAUAACAGUUCAUCUCAUAAACGAAAGCGACUGGUUGCACGUCCAUCGGGUCACCCUCCGACGCCAUUCCCGGGCAUCGGAUGCGCUUCCUGUUGCGUGGCUCCUUGAGCCUCUGGCGCACGCCCCCGCUGUGUUGCAGGCGACGCUGUUGCUGUGUGCCGUGGCUGCCCGGACGGCGCUGGCGAAACCAGGAUAUCCGCACCACGCCGUCGACUACUACGCUCACCCGCGCUACGCCUUCAACUACGGCGUGCACGACGCAGUGACGGGCGAUGUGAAGAGCCAGAGCGAGCACCGCGACGGCGACGUGGUGAAGGGCCAGUACAGCCUGGUGGAGCCCGACGGCAGCGUGCGCACCGUCGACUACACGGCCGACCCCGUCAACGGCUUCAACGCCGUCGUGCACAAGACGCCCGGCGUGCACGCCACGGCGCACGUGGUGAAGGCGGCCGCGGUGGCGCCCGUUGUCAAGCAGCACAUCGCCUACGAGGCCGCCGCCCCCAUCGCCGCCCCCGUCGCCGCGCCCGUCGCUCUAGCUAAGACCGCCCACGUGCAGUACGCGCCCGCCCCCGCUCACACCGCCUACGCCGACUACGACCUCGCCUACGACGUGGCGCCCGCCGGCUACCUGGAGACGGGCCCCGUGCAGUACCCUGCCUCCGCCGCCGCCCCCGCACACGCGGGCUACGCCUACUACUGA